AUGACUUCUACUUCUCUUGUUACUGCAGUCAACGACCUUGUCGAGGAAUUCGCCGUUUCUGACAAGGUUCUUAAUGACAGUGUCAAUUACUUUGUUGAACAGUCUGUUCACGGUUUGGCUGAAACUGCCGACUCUUCCGCUCGUGGUUUACCCAUGAUCCCCACUUUCGUCACUUCGGUUCCUACUGGUGAAGAAAAGGGAACCUUUUUGGCUGUUGAUUUGGGUGGUACUAACUUCAGAGUGUGUUCUUUGAAACUCAAUGGAGAUUCUACUUAUGACAUGGUUCAAGACAAGGCGCCCAUUCCUCAAGAAUUGAUGGUCGGCAAUUGCAGUGACUUUUUCGGUCAUUUGGCAGACAGAAUCCAACAAUUCUUAGAAACUCAUCAUUCCGAGACUAUUAGCUGUGCUUUCGAAGAAGAAGGUGCUGGCAAGCCUGUACUGUUUAAGAUGGGGUUCACUUUCUCGUUCCCUGUUGAUCAGACUGCUCUUAACCGGGGUAAACUGAUUCGUUGGACAAAGGGUUUUGAUAUUAAGGACGCUGUUGGCAAGGAUAUCUGUCUUGAGUUGCAGAAUGCCAUUGACGCAAGAAACCUGCCUGUUCAUGUGGCUGCUCUUGUUAAUGACACUGUUGGCACCCUGAUGUCCAGAGCUUAUACCAAGCCCUCAGACGGCCGUACUUUGAUUGGAUGUAUCUUUGGUACUGGUACUAAUGGAGCUUAUUCCGAGAGAAUCAAGAAGAUCCCCAAGUUCGAUGCUCAAGCCCACCCUGAAGUCACUGAGAAGAUCAUGGUUAUUAACACCGAAUGGGGUUCUUUUGACAACGAUUUGAAGGUCAUUCCCAACACCCGAUUCGACAAACAGGUAAAUGAGAACACUCCUAACAAGGGAUUCCACAUGUUUGAAAAGAGAAUCAGUGGCAUGUUCCUUGGCGAGCUACUUCGUCUUGUUCUUACCGAAUUGCAGUCCAAGAAACUGCUUUUCACGUCUGGCUCUGGUAAUGGUAAAUUGAGUGUUGCCUGGUCGGCCGACUCGUCGGUUCCUGCUCUCAUUGACGGCGACUCUUCGAGCGACCUUUCUCUUGCUGGCAACACCAUUAAAGAAGCAUUUGGCUAUGAAACGACUCUUGAAGAGCGCAAGCAGAUCCAAAGAGUGGCCCGAGCCAUUGGCAAACGAUCCGGAUACCUGUCUGCCAUCCCACUCGCCGGACUCAUCAUCCACACCAAAGCAUUGGAGAAGUUCGACAAAAUCGAUAUUGGCGCCGACGGCUCGGUCGUCGAGUUCUACCCACACUUUCAAGAGUACAUCCACGACGCUCUCCGCAAGACCGUCAUCGGCGACGACGAGAAGCGCGUCGCCAUCGGCAUCGCCAAAGAUGGCUCCGGCGUCGGUGCCGCCCUCUGUGCCCUCGUCGCCUAG